GAUAGACUGGACAGUCAGUUGCAAAUCAUCUGCCUUGAAGCCAAGUAGUGAACUAAUUUUCGUUAUUUAAAUUUUAAAUAAAAAUAAAUGUUUUUAAGUUUUGCGAGAAACGCGUGUUUGCUGAUUGGCCUAUGUGCGGUAGCAAAUACCGAUUCCUUAAUAGCAUAUGGCGCAUGUAAAAACCACCUUCAAGAACCGGGCAUUUGUAUCAAACUCGCAGAAUGCUCAUACAUACUAAACAUGUUAACUACCAAUCUGACUGAGGAAACACGACAUUUCAUGAACAAGAGCCAGUGUGGUCAUGAUAGUUCGCAAGAUUCCCUUGCGAAAAGAAUACUGGUUUGUUGUACUGAACGGCCUCAUAAUAGAAAAGGGGAAACAGUGCCGGGUAAUAUAUUACCCAAACCAGGCGAAUGUGGAACAAUGUUGUCAAAUCGAAUACUUGGUGGAAAUACAACCGAAAUUGAUGAGUUUCCAUGGAUGGCUUUAAUACAAUACAAGACUGCUCCCGAUGCUUUUGGUUUCUAUUGUGGUGGUAGUCUUAUAAACUCACAUUAUGUCCUAACAGCGGCCCACUGUAUCAAGAAUUUAAAUAUUCCAAGCCACUGGGAGCUCUAUGCUGUGCGUUUGGGAGAAUGGGAUCUAAGGCAAGAUCCAGACUGUGUUGUAGAUACUCGUGGACGCAGAGACUGCUUUGAUCCCUAUACCGAUAUUCGCAUUGAUUAUGCUAUUGUUCAUCCGUCGUAUAUACCAACAUCGCUGUAUAAAUUUAACGAUAUUGCCCUCAUCCGUCUUGUGGACAGUGUAACACGUUUGACGCACUUUACACCAAUCUGUUUGCCUGUGGCCAAGAGCAUUCGCAGCAAAUUAUUUACAAAUCAAGUUAUGGAAGUGGCGGGUUGGGGUGCAACCGAAAAUGGUACAAACAGUCCGAUCAAGUUAAAGAUUAAUCAAAAAGUGUGGAAUGCAACACGUUGCAAGCGGACAUAUCACUCCCACGGAAUGGCCAUAAAUUCGAACUUUCAAAUGUGUGCUGGCGGCGAGGAGGGUGUCGAUACGUGUUUUGGCGAUUCUGGUGGCCCUUUAAUGGUAACGGAAAGAAUUGAUGAUAGCAAUGUAUAUUUUGUUGCCGGUCUUGUAUCCUACGGACCCCAACCAUGUGGACUGAGCGGUUGGCCCGGUAUCUAUACCAGAGUUGGAAGUUAUAUGGAUUGGAUAAUUGCUAAUUUAUUGCCAUAAAUAAGUGUGAUUUGUGACAUGCUUUAACAAUUUGAGAUUUCUUUAUAUAUAUUUAUAUAUUUUUUUAAAACAAUUAAUUUAGGCAAUAGAUACACUGUGAAUAAAUUUAAAGAUUACAUAA